UAUAUAGUAAUAGAUAUAUAGACAUAGAUAAAUAAUAAAAUAAAAUAAAACAAAAUAUAAAACGAUUGAGAUGAUACUGUAACAGUCGCCACAGAAAUCACCCAGCAAUUAGCAUUACCAAAUACGGCCCACAGAGCUCUCUCGCUCAUCGACAAAAAUGGCGGCCACGAGAGUGAUUGCGUCGGCGGGCCACGCCAUCUCCGGCAGUCUGCUCUCGAGAGCUCCGCUGAGAGGAAAACCUCGAAGCCUCAGUUUCCUCUUCAAAAGCAACAACAGGUCGUCGGGGCAAAAAAGCCGGCUGUUCAGUUGUAGCGCAAUAUACAAUCCCCAAAUUCGGAUUCAGGAAGAGGGCCUUCCCGAAACCCUAGACUACCGCGUAUUCUUCCUCGACGAUUCUGGAAAAAAGAUUUCCCCAUGGCAUGAUAUACCAUUGCAUUUGGGAGAUGGUGUAUUCAAUUUCAUUGUCGAGAUUCCAAAACAAUCAAGUGCAAAGAUGGAGGUUGCUACAGAUGAGGUUUUUACUCCUAUUAAACAAGAUACGAAGAAGGGCAAACUUCGAUACUACCCCUACAACAUUAACUGGAACUAUGGACUGCUUCCACAAACAUGGGAAGACCCGUCAUUUGCAAAUGCCGAAGUUGAGGGAGCAUUUGGAGACAACGAUCCAGUUGAUGUUGUUGAGAUUGGGGAGAGUCGAGCUAAAAUCGGGCAAGUGUUGAGAGUGAAGCCUUUGGCUGCUUUGGCUAUGAUAGACGAAGGGGAGCUUGACUGGAAAAUUGUUGCGAUCUCAUUGGACGAUCCUAGAGCUUCCCUUGUUAAUGACGUGGAUGAUGUCGAUAAGCAUUUUCCGGGAACUCUGACUGCAAUAAGGGACUGGUUUAGAGAUUACAAGAUUCCUGAUGGUAAACCGGCUAACAAGUUCGGUCUUGGCAAUAAGCCAGCAAAUAAGGAUUUUGCUCUAAAGGUUAUAACGGAAACAAAUGAGGCGUGGGCUAAACUUGUAAAAAGAUCGAUUCCUGCUGGCGAACUUUCUCUUGUCUGAAUACGGAGAAAAAAAGAAAGUUCAUUUAAUAACUAAGAUGUAUCAAUUUAGCAUGGCAACUGGUUCUAUGCUGAAUGCCCUCAUUCCUGAACAUUUUAUUUUAUUUUAUUUUUUAUCAGUAUGAAGAGAUUUUAUUCCCCAUUAUCUUUGUGAGUAGGUUGUAUUUUAUUAAACUCGCCCAUUAAUCGUACUCCUAAAUUUAAAGUC